AUGCCUUCAAAUCCCAAAGACCGGGCUGUCGCAUCAUUGGAGCAGCUAGUCCUAUCAGACCAAGAUGUUGAGCUUCUUCAUGAAAUCGUAACGCGCGCCGAACGGCACCCAGAUGCCGACAUUACUCCCUUUCGGGCUAUCUUUUCGACGUACGAUGCCGUGCUGGCUGAACAUGGCAUCUCGACGGAAAGUGACCAGACGUAUCUCCCUUUUCUCUUCCAACUCGGGGCUGAACGAAAUGGCACCUUGGCUGCGCGAUUCGAGUCGCUCCUAGCAUCACUGGGCAUUCGACUGGAGUAUGGCGAAGAUACGGAAGCGAAUGAUGCGUUGGAAACCGACAUUGCGCCGCAUAUUAGAGAGGACAGCGUCCACAUCUCACAUCAGAGGCCGAAUGGAGUUCAGCCACCGAAAACCGAGGAACGGCGACGCGCCUCAUUUGAUUCAUUAUACGAUGCAACGCAGGACCUUGCGCAAAGAUUUACCAAUAGGCCUAGCUCCAGGUCUUCCAUGUCUAGACUCGAAAAUGGCACCAUCGGGUCUUUGGACUUUGACGCGGAAAUUAAACAGCUCUACCCUUACAAAUCGGGCCACCAUUUACACGACCAGCCACCCCAACGUCAGGGAUUGAGGGGUGCUAGGGACCGUGAAACCAACAGCCCAAAUUCUCAAACUUCAGAUGAAGAUACAAAUUCGAUCUCUCCCCGCCGUGACUCAAGGUACUCUGAUACCCAAGAAUUCGGUGGCGAUUACAGAUCUCAGCCAAACCAUUCAUUAGAGCCCCAAUAUAGCGAAAGAGCACUCUCUGAUGCUUCAGAUGAUAUCCCAGACCCCCCUCGAGUGCCUCCCGAGCUAUUUUAUCAACCUUCAAACGCCCAACGUCUUAGGGAUGCUUCGGUUUUUGAUAUGCACAGACAGAACAAUGCUCUUCGACUGGUGCUGGCAAACUGGUCCGAAACAGCAAAACGAAAGCGAGAGAUAGUGCAGGCCAUGGAAGAAAGGGCUAUCUACUACGAUAGUAGAGCCCUCGUCGUCCAGGUGUUGGAUAUGUGGAAAGCUGCGCUGCAAGACAAACGUCAGGCUGCCGAGACUGAAAGAUUAGCCGCACAGACUGAAAGGUUUUUCAAUAACCUAGAGGAACGGGCUGCGCGUGCACGAGAUCUAUACCUGUUAACAAAGGCCUUUACCCACUGGUCACAGGUAGCAUCUGACGAGGUUCAUAGAACCGAAGCUGCCCGAAGACAUCUUCUCUGUAUUAAGUAUUUCAGUGCAUGGCGCGAAAUUACUGCGGUGAACGAGCUCAAGGCCCAACGAUUUAUGCUGAAGCGGCCGUUCAAGCUUUACGUUGCUCGUUACAAUCGAAUCGCCCCCCUCAAAGCUCAAGCAGAUGACUUUCGUCAACAGAGCCUGAAGAAAAAUGCUUAUUCGCAUUGGUUCUGGUCCUUUUGUGAUAGAUUAGCGCCGCGAUGGCACAAGGAACGCUUGAAGCAGCGCUCAUUCAUCUCUUGGCUACGCGCACUCCGAACCCAGAGGGAACGGGACCUUGGAAUUGACUCUAACCGCACCCUUAACUCUUUAAAAUCAACUCUUCAAGCACUGAUCCAAAAACAUCGUGCAGUUUCGUCGGCCGAGUGCCGUGCAGAUGAUCAGUGGAAGUCGCGUCUAGCAUCAGACUGCCUGAUAGAAUGGUCAGUCAAGCAAAAAUAUCAGAGGCCUUUCGCUGAGGUGACUAGCAUGGUCGACACUAGGCUUGUCCGUACAUGUCUGAAUGACUGGUCUCGACGGACACGCAUGGAUAGAAGCGCGCGGGACGCGGAUCGACUUCGUGUUAUGCGUAACUGCUGGACAACUUGGAACGACCACCUUCGCUGCCAGGCUUUGUCCUCACGAACUGAAGAACGGCUUGUUUUACAAGCAUUAUAUAAAUGGAUUUUGAUGGGAAGGCUACGACUAAUGGACCGAAUACAUCAACAACGGCUCAAGGCCAGCUAUCUGAAGAAGGUGAUGGAAAAUUCACGGGGACUAUAUAAUCAGCUACUCGUCAAGGAGGCAGCAUUCCGCACCGAGCGAAAACGAAAACUAGUGGGAGCUGCGUUUAGCUAUUGGAAGCAACGACUUGAUAUUCAAAAGCAACGCGAGCUGGUAAGCCGUGCUUUCUACGCGCCUCCAGUCCAACAAGAGGUACUCCAGAUCUGGAAAACACGCAAUGAACAUUUGACAACUCUGGAUACCUGGGCGAAGAAAUCUGAAUACUUCUUUCUAACGACGAAAACGCUGAAGCAAUGGCGAAGUGCAACAGCAGAAUCGUCUAAGCGACGAAGGUUGGAGGCAUACUCAACGAUAAGGCGCAAAGUGAAAAUGAAUUUAGCCUCGGAAGUUCUCUCUGCCUGGCGAUCGCGUUGUGCUACUGUUCGUUCUAUACACCAACAAUCGACUGAGAUAUAUGGAAGAAAGCUGAUUGCAGCUGGCACUGAUAUGUUCCAUCUUUGGUUGGAAAAGUCCACACAACGGUCUCAAAACAUUGCUGAUGCGCAGUUGUAUUAUAACCGACAGUUGGUGUAUAACCACCUAACUCACUGGGCCGGGAUGCAGCGGUCCUACAAAAUGCUCAAUGAGAAAGCGACCAGGUUUUUGGAAAUUCACAUUUCUGGAGUCGCCCUUGCCCAAACUCGGAAACUCAGCCUUCGAAUAUUUGAAGUUAAAACUCGCCUGGAAACCGCGGACGCUUUGCAUGAGCGGAAUACUCGAAAACACUACAGGAAUAUGAUUCACCAUUGGCGCGAGAAGGCUAGGAUUUCAAAAGAAGCCAACUUUGAUUCAUUCCCGAUCGUUACACCAUCGAAGGGUGGCCUGAAUAUCCAACAAUUCAACGAGCCAGAUGAAUGGCAAACGCUGGACCAAGUUCGGGAAGAACCACCGAUACGGCAGCCGGAUUUCACAUCGCAUACCCCCAUAUCGACACCAGGUUCAAAUGUCUACGACGCCAGCGACACCAUUACCGACCUCAUUUCCUAG